AUGCAAACUAUAAAGUGUGUCGUCGUUGGUGAUGGUGCCGUGGGUAAGACCUGCUUAUUGAUCUCAUACACAACAUCUAAGUUCCCUGCGGACUACGUUCCCACUGUUUUCGACAACUAUGCCGUCACAGUGAUGAUCGGCGACGAGCCUUUUACCUUGGGUCUUUUCGACACUGCCGGACAGGAGGAUUACGAUAGAUUGAGACCGUUGUCGUACCCGUCCACUGACGUGUUCUUAGUGUGCUUUAGCGUCAUUGCACCUGCAUCAUUCGAGAACGUUAAGGAGAAGUGGUUUCCUGAAGUGCAUCACCACUGUCCUGGUGUGCCUUGCCUUAUAGUAGGAACGCAGAUUGAUUUGAGAAACGAUGAGGUGAUUUUGCAAAGAUUACACAGACAGAAGUUGUCGCCAAUCACAACUGAUCAGGGUGAGAAGUUGGCCAAGGAGUUGCGUGCCGUCAAGUAUGUGGAAUGUUCGGCAUUAACACAGAGAGGUUUGAAAACCGUGUUUGACGAGGCCAUUGUGGCGGCCUUGGAGCCUCCUGUCAUUAAGAAGUCGAAGAAGUGCACCAUCUUGUAG